AUGGCAAAUAGGAGAGGCAGAAGCAGAACGCCCUUCUGUGCCAAAUUCAAGCGUGAGUUCACCGCUUCUCAGAAAGACUACCGCCGCCGCGCGACCCGCUGCCCCCACCUGCUCGACGGAGUGCCGCCCCCGGACCGCCUCGCGCAAUUCCCGCCCGAGCUCGCGGAAUUCGUCCGCUCGCGCGCCGCGGGGCACACGCCCAGCCAGUUCGCCUACGGUAACGCGCUCAAGGCCUGCGCCCCCUCCGCCGGAGCGCCGGGCAAUGUCGCGUUCGCGGAGCAGGUCUACUGCGCGGCCUGGAAGGACGGGCUCGCGGGCGACGCGUACGUCUGCAGCGGCAUGGUCGACCUGCUCGCCAAGAGCGGGCGGCUCGGGGACGCGCUCAGGGCGUUCGCGGACGGCGACCCGGGCAGCGCGGUCUGCUGGAACGCGGUCAUCUCUGGCGCGUCGCGGAACGGCGAGCACGGGCUCGCCGUCGAGAUGUUCACCGACAUGGCGUGGGGCUCCUGCGAGCCCAACUCCUUCACCUACUCCGGGGUUCUCAGCGCCUGCGCAGCCGCCGCGGAGCUCCGCGUCGGGAGGGCGGUUCACGGGCUGGUGCUUCGGCGUGACCCCGAGUAUGAUUUGUUCAUCGGGACGUCGAUCGUCAACAUGUACGCGAAAUCCGGCGAUAUGGUCGCUGCCAUGAGGGAGUUCUGGAGGAUGCCGGCCCGGAAUGUGGUUUCCUGGACCACCGCCAUCGCCGGUUUCGUGCAGGAGGAGGAUCCAGCGAGCGCGGUUAGGCUGCUCAGGGAAAUGGUCCGGAGCGGCGUGUCGAUGAACAAGUUCACAGCUACUAGCGUCUUGCUCGCGUGUUCCCAGAUGUAUAUGGAAGUGGCUAGCCAGAUGCAUGGCAUGAUCAUAAAGACAGAGCUCUACUUGGAUCACGUUGUCAAGGAGGCUUUGAUCUGCACGUACGCUGCUAUCGGGGCUAUUGAGUUGUCCGAGAAGGUGUUUGAAGAAGUUGGCAGAGUAAGCAAGACAAGUAUCUGGUCGACUUUGAUAUAUGAGAUUAGUAGCCAUAGCUUAUCGAGAUCAAUUGAGCUGUUGAUGAGGAUGUUCCGGCAGGGUCUAACACCAAAUGACAAAUGCUACGCUUCUGUUUUCACUUCUGUGGACUCGAUUGAGCUUGGCAGACAACUGCAUUCGUCCGUUAUAAAAGAUGGCUUUGUUCAUGGUGUUGUUGUUGGCACUGCACUGUCCACCAUGUACUCCAGAGGGGAUCAAGUCGAAGAUAGCUACAAGGUCUUUCAAGAGAUGCAGGAACAUGAUGAAGUCUCAUGGACAUCAAUGGUUGCUGGUUUUGCAUCCCAUGGCCGUUCAGCUGAGGCAUUCCGAUUAUUCAGGAAUAUGAUUCUUCAUAACUUUAAGCCUGGCCAUAUUACGCUAUCUGCCAUUCUUUCAGCUUGUAAUGGACCACAAUGCUUGCUCAAAGGGAAGGAAGUUCAUGGACACAUCCUUCGUGCCUAUGGGGAAACCACAUCCAUCGGCCAUUCUUUGGUUUCCAUGUAUUCCAAAUGUCGCGAAGUACAAAUAGCUAGAAGAAUAUUUGAUGCAACUGCAUGCAAAGAUCAGGUCAUGCUGUCUUCAAUGAUAUCUGGAUACUCUACCAAUGACUGCAAUGAUGAGGCAAUCUCACUUUUUCAGCUUAUGGUGGCAGCUGGUUUUCUAAUAGAUAGCUUCAUAUGCUCGUCUAUUAUUAGCCUAUGUGCUAACAUAGCAAGACCACUCUAUGGAAAACUAUUACAUGGUUAUGCAACUAAAGUAGGAAUACAGUCUGAUCUAUCAGUAAGUAGUUCACUUGUGAAGUUGUACUCCAAAAAUGGCAACCUGCGUGAUUCUCGUAAAGUUUUUGAUGAAAUUAAUUCCCCAGAUUUAGUUACUUGGACAGCUAUAAUUGAUGGAUAUGCUCAGCAUGGAAGUGGUCAGGAUUCUUUAAGGAUGUUUGAUUUGAUGAUUACGCAUGGAGUAAAACCAGAUAAUGUUGUACUAGUAAGUAUUUUAUCUGCUUGCAGCCGCAAUGGUUUAGUUGAAGAAGGAUUUAACUAUUUUAACUCUAUGAGAAGCGUCUAUGGGGUACAGCCAGUGUUACACCACUACUGUUGUAUGGUUGAUUUACUUGGUCGUUCUGGGAGGCUUGCAGAGGCAAAAAGUUUUAUUGAGAGCAUGCCUAUGAAGCCUGACUUCAUGGUAUGGAGCACACUGCUUGCUGCUUGCAGAGUUCAUGAUGACGCUGUACUUGGAAGAUUCGUGGAAAAUAAGUUACGUGAAGAUAAUUACGAUUCAGGCUCUUUUACAACUCUGUCAAACAUUCUAGCAAAUUCUGGAGACUGGGAGGAAGCAGCGAGAGUAAGAAAAUCAAUGAAUGGCACCAAGAAAGAGCCUGGAUGGAGUAUGGUGUAAGAAUUGAAAUGAAUGAAGA